AAGAUGUGUCUUUCCACUUGAGUCUGCUCUGAGUCCGUCUUCUGCCAGUCUUUCCUCUGACUGUAUGCAAUGUUCCGAUCAGUGGUCGUUAUAAUCGCUGCAGGGACUGUGUUGCGCCUCCUUCUCCAGCUACCUUCACCGAAACAUCCAAUCACCGUCGCUUUGCUGUCACUAGCGCCAUGCGCCGUCAUUAUUCUCGGCUUCAGCUUAUAUACCCAGCGGUUACGAAGAGAACGACCGUAUAAACGACAGGAGCUCUUGACGAGCCUGGGGAUACCUCAGAAUGAAGCAGGAAGCAAGAAGAUCGUGGGUUUCUUCCAUCCGUACUGCAAUGCUGGUGGAGGUGGAGAACGCGUGCUGUGGACUGCUAUAGCGAUGCUUCAGCGCACAGAACCGGACAUUGUCAGCGUAGUCUACAGUGGAGAUGUCGAUGCGACUAAGGAAGAGAUUAUCGCGAAUGUUAAGUCUAAAUUCGACAUCGAGCUGUCGCCUACGACCCUUGGCUUCGUUUUCCUCGAAUCGCGUUGGGCCGUCGAAGACACCACAUGGCCGCGCUUUACGCUUCUUGGGCAGAGCCUUGGGAGUAUGUACCUCGCAUGGGAGGCCAUGUCCGCAUUCAUCCCAGACCUAUUCAUUGACACGAUGGGCUACGCCUUCUCGUUUCACGUUGUCUCGUGGCUAGGCAACAUUCCCGUAGGGGCCUACGUGCACUAUCCGACCAUUUCUACCGACAUGCUCCAGCGCGUUCGUACACGGACAGCAUCUCACACGAACUCUGCUGCCGUGUCGUCCUCUGGCGUCCUCAGCUUCGGAAAACUACUGUACUAUCGCAUGUUCAUGCAUCAAUACGCACACGCUCUUCGGCGCGCGCGCUUUCUGAUGGUUAACUCGUCUUGGACGAAGAACCAUGUCACUUCCGUCGUGCAGUACAAGGAUCCAUUGCUCGAUUCGCUCUCGCUCCUACUCCUUCCCUUCAUACUCGUCAUAAGCAGCCCAAUAUACCUCUUGAAGAUCAUAUUCCCCGCUAUUUCCACCCCGAGGUUAUAUUCAAUCUCUGAGAUGAUCUCUCCUGCGCCGAGCACAUUGCCGGAGAUCGUCUAUCCUCCGUGUGAUACGCGACAGAUGGUUGAGUUCCCGCUUGAGGACCGGGAGCCCGUCAUCCUCAGCAUCGCACAGUUUAGACCCGAGAAAGACCACGCCGCUCAACUCCGUUCGUUCGCCGAACUCUUGAAGAAUCAUCCAGAAUAUGCCGUCGGAGAGAAGAAGGUCCGGCUCGUGCUCAUUGGUGGCAGCAGGAACACGGAUGACGCUGCUCGUGUAGACGGACUGAAGGCGCUGGCCCAAGAACUCGGUGUUGAGAAUCAAACGGAAUUUCUCGUUAACGCACCAUACCCCGUGAUACUGGAGUGGCUCUCGCGGGCAAGUAUUGGUCUGAGCACGAUGAUGGACGAACACUUCGGGAUCAACAUCGUCGAAUACAUGGCUGCCGGCGUGAUACCCGUCACGCACGCUUCGGGCGGGCCGCUCAACGACAUCGUCGUGCCCUACAACGGCCAGCCCACCGGAUACCAUGCGAGGACUGUCACAGAGUUCGCCCAGGCCUUCCAGACUGUUCUCGUGAUGUCGCCUACAGAGCAGCUCGCGAUGCGUAAGAGGGCGCGACAGUGGGCCGUACAACGGUUCUCUGCGGAAGAGUUCGAGAGAGGGUGGAAUGCGAGCGGAUGGAAGGGCACGUUACAUUCGUGAAGGGAGCACAGGUUAUCAUGUAGUACGGGUGUUAUACUAAGGAUCGCCGUACCCAAACCUCAUCUAUGUGAUUUCGAAAUAAAU